AUGCAAUCAACCAAAGCUCUUCCAUAUCCAGAUGAAGUCAAUAUUGACAAACUACAAGGUACCAAGUACGAUUUCGCCAGAGAUUUGAUUGGCUAUGGUGAAAAGUCACUAGAUGCUAAAUGGCCCAGUGGCAAGAAGGUUGCUAUUUCCUUUGUGUUGAAUUACGAAGAAGGUGGUGAAAGGUCGCUAUCCUUGGGAGAUGACACUCAAGAAUUCACCUUGACUACUCCAUCAAAAGGUGUUCCUAUUCCAUUUAGACUGUUUGAUCUUGAAUCCGAAUAUGACUAUGGUUCCAGAGCCGGUGUGUGGAGAAUCUUCAGAUUGUUCAAGAAGUACAAUUACCCGCUCACUGGAUACAUUGUUGGUAAGGCUGCUGAAAGAAAUCCAGAGGUUAUGAAAGCAUUUCUCAGGGAUGGCCACGAAAUCGCUUCUCAUGCCUACCGCUGGAUCCCUUACGCUGGAUUGGAACCGGAAGUGGAGAAAGGAUAUAUUAUCAAGCAAUUGCAAGAACUCAAGAACAUCACUGGUGAAUACCCCAAGGGCUGGUACUACGGGAGACUUUCCACUCAUGCCUUGGGUUUGGUUACUGAAGUAUACAGAGAGCUCGGUAUUCCUCUUGAAUACAUCAGUGACUACUACGGUGACGAUGUUCCAAGAUGGAUCGAAGUUCCUGCGGAAAAAGAUUUACCAAAAGAAGAAAAGAAGGGUUUGUUAUUGGUUCCUUACUCUUAUGACUGUAAUGAUUUCAGAUUCUUGAACCCUAAUGGUUUCAGAUCCGAUUCAGCUUUCUUGGAACACUUGAUCAAUGCGUUCACGACCUUGUAUGAAGAAGCUGACGAAUGUGGAGCAAAAAUGAUGACAGUUGGUCUUCAUUGCCGUAUUAUUGGUAAGCCAGGCUACUUCCAAUCGUUAAAAAAGUUUAUUGAACACAUUAGUCAAUUUGAAGACGUGUGGGUUUGUCGUAGAAUUGACAUUGCCAAUCAUUUCAAGGAAACCUUCCCAUAUUCUCCUUCAGAAUAA